GGCCCCGCCGCGGCCGCCUCGCGCGGAGGAGGAGGAAGAAGAGGAGGAGGGGGAAGAAGGCGGUGGCGGCGCGGGGCGACCGCGACCGCGGCCAUGAGCUGCUCGGACGUGGCCAUGCAGCAGCCCGGCACGGCGGCGUGCGGCGUGCCCCGCUACGUGGGCCCGCCCGCGAGGGGCUGCCCGCAGAAGAAAUUAGCUGUAUACAACAAGAUGCAGGAGUCUCUGGAAGUGACUCUUCCCAGCAAGCAAGAAGAGGAUGAGAAGGAUCAGCCAGCUGAGAUGGAGUACCUGAACUCUCGCUGCGUCCUUUUCACCUACUUCCAGGGAGACAUUGGUUCAGUAGUGGAUGAACACUUCUCAAGAGCCUUGAGCCAAGCCAGUAGCUUCAACCCAGAAACCGCCCUUACCAAGAGCAAGGCAGGGCUAAGUCCUUUGUGGAGAGAAAACUCAACAAUAUCAAGCCAAAGGAGCAGUUUCCCAACUUCAUUUUGGACCAGCUCUUAUCAGCCUCCCCCACCACCAUGCUUAAGUGGAGUACACCCCGAUUUCCCCAUUACUGCACCAGGCACCUUCCCAACACCAGAUCCCAGCAGCUGGCCAGGACACAGCCUUCAUCAGACUCCACCUCCUCCUCCCCCUGCUGCAACUGAAUCCUGGCAUUAUCCUUUAGCAUCUCAGGUGAGCCCUUCAUAUGCACACAUGCAUGACGUGUACAUGCAUCGCCAUCACCCUCAUCCACACAUGCACCAUCACCAUCCCAGUUCGCACCGCGACCCCCGCUAUGGGUCUCUGCUGAUGCCUUCAGUACGUGCAGCCAGGAUUCCUGCUCCUCAGUGUGACGUGACUAAGACAGAUCCUGCUGCUGUCACCAGCGCUACCUCAGCAUGGGCUGGAGCCUUUCAUGGAACGGUGGACAUUGUGCCAAGUUUUGGGUUUGAUGCAGGUCUACAGCAUCAGGACAAGAGCAAGGAUUCUUCUUGGUUUUGAAGUCCAGAUAUAACUUAAGACCAGCUAGAGCUGGAGUCAGUGCAGCUUGGCGGGUGACAUAACCAUCACUGACUCUUUUGCAUGGGGCAAAGGACACAAGUGAAGAAGAAGAGCCAACCAUUCUCGUUUUGCUAUUGAGCCUUUUAAUUGCAAGGCCACUUAUGGGUCCCACAGUGUUGGAAAAUGAACAACAGAAAAACAAAAUCGCUUUUCUUUCUUUCCUCAUCUGAGCCUGCUGCAGCUGGGCAACCUAACUCCUUUCUGCUCCUUUAACAGUGUUUUGUUUCGUUCAGCUUGAUAUCUUUAUGAACAGUCUCAAAUGUCGGGAAGAAGACUCCCCUGACUGCAGUGCGCCUCCUUUCAGGAAUACAUUAUUUUGUAGCUCUUUGUGCAUCUAUUUUUGUAGAAAUACAGAAAGUUUGGUUAAGGAUUGAUGGGCUAUUUUAGGAUGGCAUAUUUUUUAAAAAAAAAUUGUAAAAAUUGUUAAGUUCUGUUUAAAGAACUUGCUCUCAGAGAAGCACUGGCAAAAAUGUAUAAAAUGCUAUUUUUAGAUGUCUGUGAUGUGUUUGUGCAUUUUGUUUUUGUUUUGUUUUGUUACCUCAAGUGUCUAUCUUUCCCUACUUUUUAAAGAGCUAAACCUUCCUUGUUUCCACAUUGCUAGAUCUUGAUGCUUUUGUCCUUUUGUUCUAGUUUAAGCAAGUAUAAUUCGCACCUAAAGUUUCAGCCAAAUAUUUUUCCUGCUGGUGUUAGAUUCUAGUAAGGGUGUUUUUGUUCUUGUUUCUAAAGAUGGCUUUGUGCUGUGCUGUCAGAAACUUGCAAAUGCCUUUAGCAUGGAUCAUAGGGUUGCAGGAACUGCAUUUCCAACCCAUCCAGUCUUUCAAAAUGGACCAAAUACUUUCACGGAUUUGAAUCAGACUUGAGUUUGGACCUCAUCUGUGAUCCAUGGAGGCUGAUGAAUGCAGUUGUCUAUGAGUUACACUUCAGGCUCUCGUAAUCAUAAUUACCAGAAUAUUGUUAUUUUAACUCAUGAGGCAAGACUUUCAGCUAAGCUAUUUCGAGGGUUUUAACUUGUAACAUGAAUGUUUAGGAAAGAAAUGUCACUUUCAUAAAAAUGCAUGACUUGCAGAAACAAAAUGUUUUCAACUGGCCUGAUCUGUCUGCUGAGGACCUCAUGGGAAAUGCUGAAACAUUCAGCUGCUGUUGACUUCAAAAUCUGGUUGUCUAACCCAAGGUUUCUGGGGGCGUUAUUGAUUCCAGCUACUGCUCUUGAAUUUUGUAAGAAGUUGCACAUGCUCAGCACGCACAAAAGCUGGGCUUUGUCGCUGUCAGGGUAAAAAUCUGAACUGGGAAGUGACAUGGCCAUGUCUAGUCACAGCACAUUGCAAAAUGUAAGAGGAGCCACAUUUCUGGCCUUGGGUCUUGGGUCUGACUUGCUUUCUAAUGACUUCUGUUGAAGCCAAGAACAUGAUCCAAUCUUGAAUAAGGGCUGCAAGGUUGCCCUCAAUAGUCCCACUCCUGUGAUGGCAUUGUCUAGUCCUAGUAACUCCAGCGAGUGACAGUACGUGCUUAGCUGGGCACAGGAUCAGGGUUGCCAAAUCCUGGAUAUUGUUUGGAAAUGUUGCCUUUCUGCUCUGUAUACCUUCAGUGAAGGAGUACACUGGGGAUCCCUCUGUAACAUUUCCCAAGGCUCUCAUAACCUAUUGUAUUUCUGUUACUAUUGUUUUUAGGCAUCCCUGUCAAAAAGACAAACCAUCUACAUGGAAACCAAGACCUAAGCAUAAGACUGAUAUAAGAAACAGUAUAAUUUUAAUUCAGUGAGUACUGUGAAUGUAAGUUUGUCAGGUGGACACCACAUGGAUGUGUGUGUGAAAGGGGAGGGGGAAUGUUGGGAUGUGCCUGCCAGUCUGAAAUUCAGGCCUUCUACCCUUGUACUGCUUUUUCUCUCCAAGCUUUUGAACUUGAUCCUAUGAGGUGUUGAGUUCUCCCUUGACAUAAGAGAGGGCUUGACAUGCUGACAUUGUGGGCAGUAGGAUUAUAUCACAAUUUGAGAAAAUCUUUAAACAUGUACCUUACUGAUUUGAGGUUUCAGGCAGUGUUAAAAUGCUGAAUUGACUACUCUUACAGGUUACUUAAAAAUAAUAGGGCUAGAGUAUCUAUGUUGGGAUGCUAAAUUAAUGCUGUUCUCCCCCUUUUUGCACCUCUUAUCUUUAUAGUCUAUCAAUAUUUCUUCCUUUUAUUGAGUUUCACUCUCGGGAGAGUUCUGUAUAUCAUUGCUGUUCUGGUUGAGCUGGCUCCUAAGUUGGUCAAUGAAUUAGUUACAGAUUGGGAAAACUGCAUGGAAAGGAAGGUAUCAAAAACCUCCAUGAUGUGUUUAUCAGGGCAGAAUCAUUCAGGAAAUAUGAGUUCCUGACGUAAAUUUAAAAUUAGGAAUUCUUACAGUAUUAGAGAUACUGAGGAAAAAAAAUCCAAGUAUUUUCUUUUUUUUCCUCCCAGUCUUGGUAAAGCUGGAAGGCAGAGGCAAAAUUUCACAAGGGAAACAAUGAGGAAAGUUGUAAUUUAGCUCUUUGAACAUCAGAGUUGGAGGGUUUAGGGCAGAAGAGAGCAAAGCAGUAUUUCUUUUCGAGAUGUGAUAUGUUUGACUUCCUGAAACAGUUUAGUUAACGUCUAAGAAGAGCAGUCACUUCAUUGCCUUCCUCUUUGCAAGUUUGAAUGAUGAAGGAUCUCCUCCUGCUGCCUGUAGUUGUCAAAGAGGAUUGGGACAGGAACAGUCAAGCCAGGAGUUUGCACUGGAAUUUCUUUCUUGACUAUUUUGUUGAGUUAAUGGGUAGAGGACAUGGAUAUGUGGUGAAUCUGUUGCCACUUUCCUCAGGGACUGCUGUCAUGUGCUUCGUUUCCCCAGCUGAACUUGUGAAUGUUCUUACAGAACUUGUGUUACUCUGCAGGCUUUAGGAGACAAGUGCCAAUAAAAACCUGCUAUCGUCUGUAGCUGUUCACACACCAGUCGGCCAGCUUUGGAAGACACAUAGGUUCAGUUUUUUUUCCGCAGUAACAAACAGUCCCCGUACUAACAACUGAGUGGAAAGUAAAAGCCUGAGUACGUAGCAGUAGCCCUGCUUCUAUUCUCUGAUUUGAAGGAUUGGAAAGAAGAAAAAUAUAUUCUUCUCUGUGACAAGUUUUUAAGUUAAAUUGAGUAGAUUUACUUCUCUCUCACACAUGCGUCUAUGCACGCACAUUUAUACUCACAGAAAUGUGCUUAUGAGAAGCAGAUGCUAUGCUAAUACUGCUCUUGAAAGGGGAGAGGAGUGCUUGCUUGCAGUGUUGCACUUAUGGCACAUUGAUGGCAGUGAGAAAGAAAAGGGAAUACUAAGGCUGCUCAUGCUUCCACAGAUAGGAUAAAGGACUCUUAAAAUCAGGUUACGGGCAAGUUAUGUGUCUUAAUGUGUUACUAAAGGAGUUUCAUUUCUGUGUGUGGUGGAUUCUAAUGCUGUCCCAAGAAAGCGGAUGAUUCAUUUUCUGAGGUCUUAUAAAAACACGAUGUACUCUGUCACUUUUUCUGGGAGAACAUAGGGAAAUUAUUGUUUUAUUUCAAGAAAACCUAAACAUUAAAGUCCUUACAGUUAUCCAGGAUUUUAUUUUGUUCCUGGUAAUGUUGAGAAAUCUGCUCUCAGUUUUUGUGUCUUGUUUGCUUGAAGGCAGGGGAUGUUCAACCUGACUACCAGAUUUUGGAAAGCAGAUUCCCAUUUUGUUUCAGCUGGGGCAUUUCCAUCCUAAAAAGAUGAUGCAAUACUACUAACCACCCAGCAGAUUUUAUUUCUGGAGAGCUGGAUAAUCCAUGCUUGAUGACAGUAAAAUGCACUUUUUUAUGAUUCUUCUACUCACGAGAUACACAAAUUUGCUCAUCAGCUUUUCUGGUUCCUCUUUUGUAGUAUGAAGUGUUCAGUGAUUGUCAAGAUUCUCUCAAUAUUCUGUUUCUCCUGCCUUGAAACAUGCUUUUGAGGAUUAACUUCCCAUCACAGCUUUCAGGGAGGCGGGUUGUACACCUCUUGAGAGCAGAGGCUGUAUGAGGGGAGCAUUAUAUUUUCCCCACUGUGCUUAUGAUCAUUCACCUUGGCAUGCACCCACCCUUUCUGCUUCCAAUCAAUCAUGUAUGUCUUGCUCUUCUUCUCCUACAUUUCUUUAUGUAUGUGCAUAUAUUUGUAUACAUAUGUAUAUAUAUAUGUAUAUGCACACACACGUUGUUAUACCUAGUACCUUCUUCCCUCCAUUCCUCCCUCAUGCUUUGAAUGCGCAUUCUUUGGAAAUAAACUGAAUGACAUUACUAAAUCUCAUCUGACUGUAAAAAAACAAAACAAAAAAAAAAAAACAGUAGGUAUUUUAUUGCAUUCUCCGUAACCUCAGGACUGAAUGGAAUUUUUCCACACUUAAUAAAUAAAUAAAUAAAUAAAAUUAAGAAAGGAAAGGAAAAAAAAAAA